ACGGUGCGGAGCGAGCGCCUCAAAUGCUCGGGUUUCUCGGCUGUUUGUCUCCAGCCGAGAGUUGUUUUCCGGUGCUGCGGCCGGAGGAGCCGAGCCCCCCGGGGGGAGGCGGGGAGGCGGGCCCGAGGGCGGCCGCGGCCGGCGCGCUGGGCUGCGACUCCUGUCACGGCGCUGCGCGGGGCCGCAGGCUGGGGCUGGCGGGAGGUCCGGGGGGCGCUCGGGCCGCUUCCUUCCCGCGCUCCCUCGCAGCCGCCCGAGUUCCCUCAUGAGGGUGUCAGCGCCGGGGCCGGCGGCCGGCCGCGAACCCUCGACGCCCGGCGGGGCCGCCGCGGUGCCCGGCUCGGUGCAGCUGGCGCUGAGCGUGCUGCACGCGCUGCUCUACGCCGCGCUCUUCGCCUUUGCCUACCUGCAGCUGUGGCGGCUGCUCCUGUACCGCGAGCGGCGCCUCAGCCACCAGAGCCUCUGCCUCUUCCUGUGUCUCGCGUGGGCAGCGCUCAGGACCACGCUCUUCUCGGCCGCCUUCUCCCUCAGCGGCUCCCUGCCCCUGCUGCGGCCGCCCUCUCGCCUGCACUUCUUCCCGCACUGGCUGCUCUACUGCUUCCCCUCCUGCCUCCAGUUCUCCACGCUCUGUCUCCUCAACCUCUACCUGGCGGAGGUUAUAUGUAGAGUCAGAUGUGCCACUGAACUUGACAAACACAAAAUUCUACUGCAUUUGGGCUUCGUACUGGCAAGCCUUCUAUUCUUAGCAGUGAACUUGGCCUGUGCAAUGCUAGUCCAUGGAGAUAUCCCAGAAAAUCAGUUGAAAUGGACUGUGUUUAUUCGAGCACUAAUUAAUGAUAGCUUGUUUAUUCUCUGUGCCAUCUCUUUAGUUAAUUACAUAUGCAAAAUUACAAAAAUGUCAUCAGCAAAUGUCUACCUCGAAUCAAAGGGUAUGUCUCUGUGCCAGACUGUCGUCGUUGGCUCUGUAGUCAUCCUUCUCUACUCUUCCAGAGCUUGUUAUAACUUGGUAGUGAUCACCAUAUCACAGGAUACACUAGAGAGCCCAUUUAACUAUGGCUGGGAUAAUCUAUCGCAUAAGGCUCGGGGAGAAGAUGGCAGUGGAGGAGACUACAUUGUCUUUGGAAUGGUCCUCUUUCUGUGGGAGCACGUACCAGCUUGGUCAGUGGUACUAUUUUUCCGGGCACAGAGAUUAAACCAGAAUCUGGCACCCGCUGGCAUGAUAGGCAGCCACAGCUAUAGCUCCAGAGCCUUCCUUUUCGACAAUCCGAGACGGUAUGACAGUGAUGACGACCUGCCACGACUGGGGAGCUCACGAGAAGGAAGUUUAUCAAACUCACAAAGUUUGGGCUGGUACGGCACCAUGACUGGGUGUGGCGGCGAGACGUACACGGUCACCCCUCCACUGAAUGGACCUGUGACAGACACUGCUCCUUUGCUCUUCACAUGCAGUAAUUUAGAUAUGAGGAAUCACCAUAGCUUAUAUAGAACUCCACAAAACUGAUGACUUUCCCAUGGCAGGAGUCUUGAACUGCUUCUAAUGAAUGUGUUUGUGUUGUCAACAUCUUAAAAACCAUCUGCAUCAACAUUGCAUCAUCUCUUGCAACUAACAAAAAUCUGGAAAUACAGCUGUGUUUUGUGGUUCUCCAUGAAACACAGCUGUUUGUUUUGACCUCCACAAAGUGAAAUUCGAAGUUUGGAGGAGAGAGAUUAGAUGCUAAGGUACUUGACCUCAGAACCUCCUAACUUUGGAACAUCUAACGCACAUUUGCAUAUUUGCACUUUGACCUGUAUUCAGAAAGAAUACUUUGCAGUCCCCAAAGCCACACUAGAGUAUUCACACCAGAAUAUUAUUGUAUACAAAAUCAGAAAGCAGUUUUCCACAAAAAAUCAAAACCUAGAAAUUUGAUGGUGUGCUCUACACAGAAUCUCAAUUACAGCUUUAAAAGUGUGAUCAGUGCACAGAGUUAAGGCUAAAAAAUGUAUCAUUCUAAAAAUCUAAAAACAUGUAACUGAAGACAGUUUUUUAAAGCAUCCUUUGAAAAAUGUCAGUUGAAAUUACUCCAUUAUUUUUAAAAAGGGAUAGUAGAAACCCUUACGGUGCUGCUGGCUGGCAGUGUUCUUUGGAAAACCAGAGAAGUCUCUUCAAGAACAACCGUGCGCCAGUGGAGACUGUGUGGCUUUGAGUAGGACUGGUCAGAUGGCUAUUUUGUGCAACUAAGGUAAGUAGCAGUUUAAGAUGAUUCUUCCCAGAAACAAUAGUGACCUCAUAGGGGGCUUCGGUAGAACAUCUUGGGACUAAACAAGUUUACAGAUGUGUUUAGGGAGUGUUCAUUUAAAAAAAAAAAAGUGCUAAGUUAAAACAGCAUGUUUUCAAAAAGCACCCAAUUUAUCAGAAAGGAAAUGGAGCUCAUCCUACCUAUUGAGUCAAGACUGUCCUCAGGUAAAUUAAAGUAAGACAUUUUGCAGUGAGCUGAAGUGCAAUACUUUAUAAGAUGUAAAUUCCACAUUUAUUUUUCACAUUUUAUACCUUGUAUAAAUUUGGCCUAAGCCAAAUUAAAUUAAUUCCAAUCAACUCAAGCAUUGGAUUAAUAAGCAAACAAGAGAAAUGUAAGAGGUUAACAACAUUGGAAUAUUUUAGGAUUUCAUUAAAACUGUCUUAAAUAUGCUACUAUAAGCCGUGUGCCUAUGCAUGCUCGUGUUCACGCGGGGACGGACACACACACAGUAGUAAGCCAAGACAACACAGAAUUUAAGAAUGCACUUUCUCCCUGUGUCUAUAUGAAAAGCAGAUGCUGAAUACCUCAGCUCCCGAGUGGACAGGCAGCUUACGAGGUAUUCACACAGAUAAAGACCCUCACACAGGAUCUGCCAACUGCUUCAGAACUGGGAUGAACACAGCUGCCCUCUCCAUACUGUGACUAGAAAGUGUCUUAUUUGUACUCAUACCUAAAAGAUCUUUCAGCUUUUUAAUGAAUAAUGCAGCAACUUCACAAAAGUAUAUGUGAAUCUUUAAAAUUACAUUGUUAAUCUUUUUCAUCUUUUGAGAGGAUGGUACAAAGCCAAAUACUUUUCUUUUUAUGAACAACUGAUUUUAAAUUCAGUCAAAAGCAUAUUGAAUAUUAACGGCAUUUGUUUAUAAGUUCUCAUUGUAACAGAUCAUUUGAACUUUUAUAGUACGGAAGUUAGCCUCGGUACCAAGAUGACAACCUAUCAAUAGUCUACAACCGUGGAUUUCUUUUAAGUUAUCGAUUUUUCAGAAUGCCAGUUGGUUAUUUUUAUGUUAGGUAUCUGACUCUAUUGUCUUUGUUAAUCUCUGGGUUCAAGAUAUUUUUUUCCUAGUUAAGCCUCUCUACACAAAUCUACUGGUUCGCAAAGUAAACCAAGAUCACGUAAACUCUUCAAAUAAAGUAUUUUAGUUCUUUUAGCUGCACCGGUUGACUAUACUAAAUUUGAGAUUUUUUGGUUCAUUAUAUUUAUCAACUCAAGCACUUAAGGUUUUUUUGGUUUUGUUUUGUUUUUUUUUUUUUUUUUUUUUUUUUUUUUUGGUUUUGUUUUUAAACAGGAUGUCUCUUUGUAACUCUGGCUGCCUGAACCUUGCUUUGUAGACCAGGCUAACCUCAAACUCUGAGAUUGUCCUGCCUUUGUCCCCUAAGUGCUAGAUUUAAAGGUUUGCACCACUACAUCUGGCCUGUAAAGUACCUAAAUUCGUACAUUUGUCUCCUUAUAUACAUCUCACAGUACAUCACCAAAGAAGAAAUCUGCCCGUGUUUGCUUAAAAUUUCAAAAGCACUAGCAGCACUUUAAGUUUGGUCUCAGAAGAAGCUGUUCAUAGUCAAAGGGCUACAGUUCCCCGUCCUCCUGCACUGAAGCACAUGACAAUUCCAGCCCUUACAGUUGUUAAUUAGAAAAUAUCAAAUUUUAUUGCUUAAGUGUAUAAUUCUACAGUGAUUAGCAAUAUUUGUUGUCAUUUCAUUUUGGUUGCUAUUAAUUUUGAAACUCUUACUACUUACUGUAGCUGACUGUAGUUUUAUGGACAAUGUAAUUUAUAGCUAAUGUGGCUUUUUAAAUCGUAAUUGCCUUUUUAUUGUUUAACAGUGUUUCUCAGCUAUACAGUCAGUUUCAAACUGGUUGCAAAAGUAUAGCUGUGGCCAAUGAAUGUAUUUAUUUGUUGUCUCACUAAAUUAAAAUAAAACGCUACUGUAAAGAA